AAUUAGAACUCGGUACACAAUGUGUCGUCGAAAUGACCGAACAGCAAACCAUCUUGCAGCAUCCAACCACGAUGGACAAAAUCGAUCGGAACAAGCCGAAAACAUUCGCAUUCGAUCAUUGCUUUUAUUCCUUGGAACCCGGAUCGGAAAAGUUCGCAAGUCAGGAAAUCGUAUUCGACGCUCUUGGACGUGAUAUUUUGGACAAUGCGUUUCAAGGCUACAACGCUUGUAUUUUCGCUUAUGGACAAACCGGAUCCGGGAAAUCUUAUACGAUGAUGGGAAGCGGUGAUCAAAAAGGAAUAAUUCCACGACUUUGUGACAAUCUUUUCGACAUGAUAGCGAAGCAACAGAGUUCUCAAUUGACUUUCAAGGUCGAGGUAUCAUACAUGGAGAUUUACAACGAGAAGGUGCACGAUCUUCUCGAUCCAAAGCCGAAUAAACACUCGCUCAAAGUCAGGGAACACAAUGUACUUGGCCCUUACGUGGAUGGACUGAGUCAACUUGCUGUAACAUCUUUUCAGGAUAUCGAUAAUUUAAUGGCGGAAGGCAACAAAUCGAGAACAGUGGCAGCGACUAACAUGAACUCGGAAAGUUCUCGUUCGCAUGCAGUGUUCUCAGUUAUUUUAACACAAACACUGACAGAUUUAAAAAGUGGGGUAAGCGGUGAGAAAGUAUCGCGAAUGAGUUUGGUAGAUUUGGCUGGUAGCGAAAGGGCUGUGAAAACUGGAGCAGUUGGUGAUAGGCUUAAAGAGGGAAGCAAUAUUAACAAAUCUCUCACGACAUUGGGUCUAGUCAUUUCGAAGUUAGCAGAUCAGAAUUCUGGUGGCAACAAAAAUAAAGACAAGUUCGUACCUUACAGAGAUUCUGUUCUGACUUGGCUUUUAAAGGAUAAUCUCGGUGGUAAUAGUAAAACCGUUAUGGUUGCUACGAUAUCACCUGCAGCAGAUAAUUACGAGGAAACGUUGUCAACUCUGCGUUAUGCUGAUAGGGCAAAGAGAAUAGUCAAUCAUGCAGUUGUCAACGAGGAUCCUAACGCAAGGAUCAUACGAGAAUUGAGACAAGAAGUCGAAGCGUUGAAGGAAAUGUUGUUACACGCUACGGGUCAAGGUUCUAUCGUGGGUCAACAACGCACAGAUAUAACAGAAAAAUUAUCUGAAUCUGAACGAUUGAUGAAAGAGAUGUCGCAAACCUGGGAAGAGAAGCUCGUUAAAACUGAAAGGCUUCAACACGAGAGACAACAAGCAUUAGAAAAAAUGGGUAUCAGUGUUCAAGCAUCAGGAAUCCAAGUGGAAAAGAAUAAAUAUUAUUUGGUUAAUUUGAACGAUGAUCCUAGCUUAAACGAGCUCUUGGUUUAUUAUCUUAAAGAAAGGACUCUCGUUGGUGGACGUUCAGCUAAAACCGAACAGGAUAUUCAAUUGCAUGGUUUAGGUAUUUUACCUGAACAUUGUGUAAUUACGAUCGAGGAGUCUGGCCUUUAUAUGACACCAUUAAAUGGUGCUAGAUGUUUCGUUAAUGGUAAUCAAGUGGUAGACAAGACACCAUUGUUGCACGGUGAUAGAAUCGUUUGGGGAAAUCAUCAUUUCUUCAGGGUCAAUUGUCCGAGAAGUGCUACAGCGAUUAACAGCGAACCACAAACGCCUGCUCAAAAUAUCGAUUACACUUUUGCCAGAGAAGAACUUAUGCAAAACGAAUUGUCGAAUGAUCCGAUUCAAAGGGCAAUAGCACGAUUGGAAAAACAACACGAGGAGGAUAAACAAGUUGCACUCGAGAAACAAAGGUUGGAAUACGAAAGACAAUUUCAACAAUUACGUAACAUACUCUCACCGUCAACGCCUUAUUCACCUUACGUACCAUACGAUCCUCUGAGAGGAAGUCAAACUGGUAAACUUCCAGCUUGUACGCCGACCACUCAAAUGCGGGUCGAAAAGUGGGCUCAAGAAAGGGAUGAAAUGUUUAAAAGAAGUUUGGGUCAAUUAAAAACCGACAUAUUAAAAGCAAACACUUUGGUACAGGAGGCUAACGUUCUUGCCGAAGAAAUGGGAAAACAAACUAAAUUUAGUGUUACUUUGCAAAUUCCGCCGAAUAAUUUAAGUCCAAAUAGAAAGAGUGUAUUCUUCCAGCGUGGUGCAUUCGUCAGUGAACCAGCGAUAUUGGUCAAAAGAACAAACAUGGGUAGUCAAGUUUGGUCAAUGGAAAAAUUGGAAAAUAAAUUGGUUGAUAUGCGAGAAAUGUACGAGGAAAGGAAAGAUCCUAAUAAUUGUCAACGAUUACCUGUCGUUAAGGACGAGGUAUUGGGGAAAACUCAAGAUCCAUUUUACGAGUCACAAGAGAAGCACAAUUUGAUUGGCGUAGCUAAUAUAUUUUUAGAAGUAUUGUUUCACGACGUUCGGUUAGACUAUCAUACACCGAUCAUAAGUCAACAAGGUGAAGUUGCUGGACGACUUCAAGUUGAGAUAAGUCGUAUUGCCGGACAAUUUCCUCAGGAUCGUAUUUGUGAAGCAGCAUCCGAAUCUUCCGGUGAUUCAACGUCCUCCGAACCAGAUGAUUAUUCUGGUUCGAGUCACAUAACUUGUCGUGUAACAAUAAAACAAGCUACCGGUUUACCGCUAUCCUUGAGUCAUUUUGUCUUUUGUCAAUAUAUGUUUUGGGGUAACCCAGAAUUAAUUGUGGUACCACCUGUAGUCAAUGCUGAAUUACCUCCUGCAAACUGUGCCACAGGUCAAAGGGAUUCUCUUGCAUUCAGGUUCGAUCAUACCGAAGAUUUUAAAGUACCGAUAACGGAAGAGUUUAUUGAACACUGUGCUGAGGGUGCUUUAAGUAUAGAAGUUUGGGGUCACAGAAGUGCUGGAUUUUCUCGUAGCAAACCCGGAUGGGAAGUGGAACAACAACAAUUGGCAAAAGCCAGAUCUUUGGCUGAUCGUUGGUCAGAAUUAACGAGGAAAAUCGAAUUGUGGGUAGAAAUUCAAGAACUAAACGAACAAGGAGAAUAUUCGCCUGUCGAAGUUGUUACGAAACAGGACACGUGGACGGGUGGCAUUUAUCAAUUGAGACAAGGACAACAACGGCGUAUACAAGUCAGAGUUAAACCAGUACAAAAUUCAGGAACUUUGCCGAUUAUUUGUCAAUCGAUAUUGAAUAUAGCUGUUGGUAGCGUGUCUGUUAGGAAUCGUCUUCAAAUUCCUUUGGACAGUUAUCAGGAUGAGGAUUUAAGUAUAUUGAGGGAAAAGUGGAGCGAUGCUUUGAUGAGGCGAAGACAAUAUUUAGAUCAACAGAUACAAAAGCUUAUAAAUAAACAAGAAAAAACUGAACAAGACGUAGAACGUGAACAGAGUCUCGUUGAUCAGUGGGUUAGUUUAACCGAAGAAAGAAAUGCAGUUUUAGUACCUGCAGCAGGAUCAGGUAUACCUGGUGCUCCAGCUGAUUGGAAUCCACCUUCUGGCAUGGAACCACACAUUCCAGUCCUAUUUCUUGAUCUCAAUGCCGAUGAUCUCUCGACGCAUCAAUCAGGAGAAGAAGUAUCCGUUACCGGAUUAAAUUCAAUUUUACCUAAGGAACAUGGUAACAAAUUUUAUAAUCUACCAUUCAUUCGUCAUUUGGAAAAAGACGUUUGUGCUAUAGCAGCAUGGGAUUCUAGUAUACACGAUAGCGUGCAUCUUAACAGAGUUACCGAUGCUAACGAAAGAGUAUUCUUAAUUUUAAAAACAACAGUACGCCUGUCUCACCCUGCCCCGAUGGAUCUCGUAUUACGUAAAAGAUUGGCGUUAAAUAUUUAUAAAAGACAGAGUAUAACUGAUAGAAUAUUUCGAAAAAUUGUACGCACCGAUUGUCUAGCUCAGACUGGUGUUACAUACGAAGUUGUAUCUAAUAUACCAAAAGCUAGUGAAGAAUUGGAAGAUCGUGAAAGUUUAGCACAGAUUGCAGCAAGCGGUGAAGACAACAGUCUAUGCGAUGGUGAAACCUACAUCGAAAAAUAUACAAGAGGUGUGUCAGCUGUCGAAAGUAUCUUAACAUUGGAUCGAUUAAGGCAAAGUGUUGCUGUUAAAGAACUGUUGCAAGCUCAAGGCCAGCCGCUUAUGCGCAAGACUGCAAGCGUUCCAAACUUCUCCCAGGUACUACUGCCACUUCGCCGUCUCGGACGCACUAUCAUGAGGUUUGACACUUCGAUGGAUUCAUUAAACGUCACACGUUCUGAAAGCGUUACGGAUCUCAACACAGAAUUAAAUGGGCUGCCACAUUCACGACGAGCAUCAACCGGUCAUGCAAGGAACGAAGAAAACUUUGUUUCCCCUCCACCUAAAGCUUUUGGAAUUGGCUCCAUUCUGAACUCAGCGAGACCAACUUUCCUGAAUCUGAACCUGAAUCUCAACUCACUGACACGUCUGCAACAAUCCACCUCUACCAAGUCAUCCCCAAAUAUGGUCGGUAGUAAACUGGGUCUACGUAUGACUACGUUGCACGAGGAAACAUCCAACGUUGGGAAUCAAUUAACAACCCCUAUUCAUGACGACGAGGAAGAAAAAAGUGAUGCUGAUUAUUCCGAAUACGAUGCGUAUCAGGCACCAGCAAAACCAACGAAGCCGCUAACUUCGUCACGCACAUUGGAUUCGCUUGCUGAAUUGCAAUCAACGAAAAUCAACACUCCGAGUAUGAGUAGCAGUGGUUACGGUUCUCAAGCAGUUUCAACGACCAAUUUAACAUCCGAAGAUUCGAUUUCUAUCAAAUCUAUCAGCGUAGAUGAAACACCCGAUUUAGAAUAUCGAAAUUUGUUGGAUAAUAAAAAAGCAGAAAAGAUGGACAGUUCAUUAGUUGAAGAAACACCCGAGGAAUAUACCUGCGACGUCAACACUGCUAUGGAACAUUUGAAUGUUACGGAAGAUUCUCGUGAGGUAAACAUUAGGAAAAAUCUGGAAGAAAUGGGUGCUUACACGGAUCCCGAUACCGAGAGUCCUGUUUCAUCGACGAAAGACGAUAGCGAUGCUACCGGUAAUUUAACAACACUUAACUUAACGCAGAAAAAGGAUACCCAGAAUCCAAUUUUAACUGGUAGAAGAAAAAGCGAAAUGGUAAUUAGUCAAACAUCGAAUUCGGGCGACGAGAGUCCUUUGGAAGGAUCCUCGAUUGUUCAUACGAAACUACCACCAGGCAAGGUUGUACGAAGAAGGAAAGCUUCUAGUGGUACAGGAAGGCCUACCAGUUCUCAACACAGAGCUUCGUUUCCUAUGGUCCGUCCACAAGUUUCUGAAAGUAAAGCUGCAGCACGAUUAGAACAAACGAUGCAGCCUAAUAUGCCAUACGAAAAUGGUGACAAUAGCUCCUCCGAAAGAAUCGAUGAUGACACGAGCGAUAAAAGUUCAGCCUUUGGCUCGAGACACGAUUUGACAAGAAUCGAAACUCCGUUACCAGAUUGGGUGAUAGUUGGUGAAUCUGUAUUAGUUCGUCCAUACAGUUAUUCAGGUGUUAUAGCAUAUGUUGGUCUAACAGAGUUUGCAUCUGGUAUAUGGAUUGGGAUUGAACUUGAUGCACCAACUGGUAAAAACGACGGUGCUGUAAAUGGUCAUAGGUACUUCAAUUGUCGACCAAAGUGUGGAAUCUUUGUUAAAGUCGAUAAAUUGAUUCAAGACAGACGAGGAAGAGCACUUAGAAGUUAUAGUAAACAGGAACCUGCACCACCACCACCACCUCCAUCGGCACCAAUACGCAGAAGCGUAAGCAGAGGCGAAGGUUUACAUUACUUGCACCGAAGUCGGAGCCGAGGAGAAGGUCUUUCAACGACGGGAACGCGUUAUUCUCCCCGAAGCAAGUAAUAAAAAUCAAAUCAAUUUAAUAACGCGACUACUUCUCAUCAUAAAAUAAAA